GGACGCUGGCGCCUUUGUUCGUUCCCUCGCUUCGUCGUCUUUCGCCGCCGCCGCUUCCUUCUACCUCAGCCCAGCGCCGCAGCCCAGCCCAGGAGGACGGCGGGAGAGAUUCCUCGUUGACUCGCUCCGACGUGGUCCGGCUCAUCUCAGAUUAGCUCUGGGGCUCUCCAGCCUCUCAGGUACUCUACUCCCCUUCACCUCCCGCCGGCAGGGUGUGGCGGCGCCUUGAGAUUCUCCUCCUGCUUGCUGCCUGCUCGUGCUGCUUCAGUUCCCGCAUCCUGUGACCCUUUCUUCGUGCGAAUCAAUCUUCUUGCGUUUCCAAUUUUUUUUUAACAAAAACUUCUUGCGUUUCAAAUUUAGGUGCGAAUUGUGUGGCGAGUAGAUUGGUUUCGUUCAACUUUUAGGAGCCUACUACGAUCCAUAAGCAUCCAUCCCUCUACCUCUAGGCAAGUUAGGUGUUCCUGGCUUCCACCUGCUGUUAUGCUCACUACCUUGUGGGCGCGUCAGAUUGCUCAUCUGCCCAAGUGCGCAAAUUCAGGGGUAGCCUGUGCCCCUUCCUUCCUUGCUGUCACGCAGCCACCUCCCCAAUUUAGUUUGGUUCACAGGGCGUCCUUCAGAUCCCAACACAGCCAAUUGACAAGCGCUGCAGGUCCUCUUAUGGCUGAAAGGGAGUUGAUUGGCAAGGAUAAGCUUGUACUUAGAGGUUUGCAGUUUCACGGAUUCCAUGGAGUGAAACAAGAAGAAAAGACACUGGGCCAAAAGUUCGCUGUAGACGUCGAUGCUUGGAUGGAUCUGAGCACUGCUGGUGAAACUGACAGCAUAUAUGAUACAGUCAGUUACACGGAUAUUUACAGAAUUGUCAAGGAUGUGGUUGAAGGACCAUCUCAGAAUCUUUUGGAGUCAGUGGCUCAUCGGAUUGCAAGUGCCACAUUGCUCAAGUUCCCUCAAAUAUCUGCUGUACGAGUUGAAGUUAAGAAACCUCAUGUUUCUGUACCAGGAAUUAUCGACUAUUUAGGUGUUGAGAUAGUUAGGUAUAGAAAGGACAUGGCAGGAAUUUCACCAUGAGCUCCACUGCACUAGCAUACCGAGGAUGACAUGUCCAUGUUCAAUCUGUCAAUGGCGUCUCUGACUGCUCAACAUUGCAUUCCUUCAGAUGUAUAUACUGCAACAAUUUGUACUGAAUGUUUGCUCUCAGAAGCUGUUCGGCUCAAAAUUGAUCUAGUUUUAUUGGAAUUGAAGUAGGCAAUUAAGUUUUUUUCUAGCCAAAGCUUGGAUGGAGAUGAAAUUCCGGCAUUGGAUACUUAUUAUCAGCCCGGUUGAUAUUUUUCAUAUUGCACCUUCCUUCCCUGAUGUCUGGUCCGUGGUUCUGUAAAUUUUGUACCUUCUUUUGUUCCAUUCUAUCAAAACUAUGAGCAAAUUGGAGCUGUCA